AUCAGAAAAUCAAAAAAAAAAGUCUCAUUACACUCAAGAACCAAGCACAGGUCUAAGAAGCCCUUUAGAACUUGCUGAUAGUACUAAUGAAUUUAGGCGGAAAGACAUAAGCGCACUUAAUAUUCACUACGUAGAAGGCGUCAUCAAAAUGUUCGAAGAUAUAUCUGAUUUUUCAUACAAUACCAGUCUUCUCUUGCAAAAUGCGAACAGGGAUCAGCUUUUUGGUGCCUGGGCUGACGAUUCCCUUACCGAAGGCUGGAAUAAUAAAGAAAGGUCACUAGCUAGAUAUAUAUCAAAUAUAUUAAUAAAAGAAUGUGCGAGUGCAGAAAAGCAUGAGAAAGUUACCGAUUCAUUUGUAAACUUUAUUUUAGGAGUUUUAGAAUUUAAUGAAUACUCGUUUUCCUUGAAACUAAAGGCAGACUGUUAUUUCAUGGUGCACAAUAAAAAGGUAACAUCAGAGACUGACUUUUCUAUAUGGAAGGGCAAUCUAUUUGUGAUAAUUGAUAAAGACAAGCACUUGCAUAGCAUUGCCAAAAGUACUUGGUAG